ACAAGGUAUAUAAAACACCUACCUCUACCUCCUAAUGUACGCAAUCUGUACCAUAGUCUUCCGGCACGUAAAGUGCUUACCUGACUAGGAGGACUUCAACAAUAUAUAUAAGCGUAAGGUAACCUAACGCAUCUAUACUAGCUUAGCUUACUUCUACCGACGCCUCAGUUUCCAAUAAGAAGCCAUCCACAAAUCAAAAAAUGGAGGAUCCUAUAAUUAACUCCAACUCAUCCUGUCAGCAUGAAAUGCGCUUGUGAACUAUUAAAGCAAGUAAGAUACAUUCCUUGUCCAACCAUAGAGCUUCAUCGGCGUCCGUAGAUGAUGCCCAGAUGUGAAGCGAAGUCCCUCUCCCAACCAAACAAAAAGAAAAAGGAAAAAAAGGAGUCCGUUGUGAGAUCUCUGCAUCUCUCAUCCCAGGUACUCUUGUCUUCAUAUACAGUUUAGCCCUCCUCGUGCAUCUUCAUUAUUCAACUGUCCUACUAAAGACCUCCUACCAAGGUAGGUACUUAAGGUCAGGUUAGGUACCUAGAUAGCCAGCAUGAUUGGCCCCUACAGCGAAGAAUUGAUGAUAGGUCUGAGCGUUGGUUGCAUCGUCUUGCCUACCAUAUUUUUCGCAUUAAGACUAUGGGCACGAAGGUUGAAGCACAAGAGGUUAUCUGCAGAUGACUGGUUGUGCUUAUUGGGGCUACUUGUUGCAUAUGCUUGUUGCGCUUUACAGCUAUACGCCACUGUUGAUGGGCAACUAGGUAAGCAUCAGGUACUUGGACCGGACGGCCAGCCUAUCCUAGAUGAUCCAGGCUUCCUAGUAUACGAGAAGACUAAACUCGCCGUUAAUGUUAUAAGUCCUGUUGGUUUCGGUCUUGUAAAAGCAUCCGUUAUUGUCCUUUACAAUGGAAUCUUCCGCAAUAUUCGCCUUUUCCGAUGGACCGCCUACGUUAUGCUUGCACUGCUCUGUGCAUGGUCUAUUUCCUUCUUCUUCGCCAAUCUAUUCAUAUGUUACCCCGUCACUCCGUUGAUUGAGCCGUUUUAUAACAAUAAAUGCGUCAACGAACAAGCUCUGUUCCUCUCUACCCUUGUUACCGAUUUGAUAUUUGAUAUUCUGAUCCUGGCGAUGCCAGUUCCCGUUGUGUUAGGAUUACAUCUACCUCUAAGGGACAGGCUCGGGGUGCUUGGAAUGUUCCUGUUGGGUGCCAUUGUUGUUGCUGUCAGCAUUGCUCGGCUCGUCCAGUCAUUAGAAGUCAAUGCAUUAUAUCGUAUUUAUACCUAUGAUAUGACAUACCUCACAUCGCCUGUCUUCUUCUGGGCCAACAUCGAAUUGUCCAUUGCAGUGGUAUCAGCUUGCCUUCCAACGCUGAAGCCGGUGUUGGUUUACUUCUUUCCUCCCGCCCCAGCGAAGACGCAAACAACAUCAACCAGUUACGCCAAGAUCACCGAUCCAGAAGCAUCGCGUCACUCAAGCAAAUACUUCGCCGAAGCAGGCAGCAAUUCUAUACCAUUACAUCCUGUUUCCCACCUCGGGAAAGACGAAGAUCCGUAUUUCCCGGGCCGAAAUUCUCAAUUCUGACUUACAGAUUGGUUGGGGGCUAUGUUAGAUAGAUGUAGGGUAUCAUAUUAGGUACAAUCAUAGAGACAAGAUAUCAUAGAGACAAGAUAAAUCAGCUGUAGCUAGGAUUUGAAUUAAGUCAUAGCCUAGCAUAGGUCUAUGCCACCUUCUAGGUAUAUAAUAGUAUAUAGGUAAUCCUAGCUCAAAGGAAGCUGUCGAUCGAGUAUGACAAAUCUGGGAAGCAAGGGAGCUAAGGGAGGGCAAAUGGGGCUGAAAAGUCUUUGAGGGAGACGUUUUUUUUUGUAUCCUUGAAUUCCUAGGGCUUAGUUCCCUGUACCAUAUUAGUGGUAAAAUCUAGUUUGGCUAGAACGGAUAGCUCGUAUAGUUUGAAUUUGUCAUUCCCUUUGUG